AUGGAUCACGCAAGUGCCAGUUUUGCCUCACCAUGGGCCGCUGCUGUUUUGGGUGGACAUGCAAUGGGCUCAGCGAAUACGGAACAUGGAUUUGGACAUCACGGAUUAUCAAUGGAUUUACACGGAUAUUCUUACUACAGGUGUGAACGAAAUUUCCAUCCCGUUCUUGUUGAAUAUUCAAGUGACACAAAGAGACCUUUAGAAAAAGAAAGCAAAGCAAAAAAAAAUCUCAGCUCUUUCGGCACAAACCGAAAGAUUUUUCUCGCAGAGAAUUUUCUUCAUUUAUGGUUAGAGCAACGUGUGUUCAAAGAAGCGUGCCGGUGUCUCCACAACUCUUGUUUCCCCUUCACUCAACAACUAUACGCACAAAAACACUUCAAAACAGCGCAGAAUUCUGAAGAUAAAUGA